AUGACACAAGAAGGGUCACCAACAGAGUCCAGGGAAGGCGAAUUUAGCUCCAAAGCCCACAUGGAUAGGCUGGAAGAGGUCAACAAAGAGAUUGACACCACCAGCACCUACCAGCUCAAGGACAUGGAGCUCAUCUACGGAGCCAAGCAUGCCUGGCAGAAUGCCUCCCACUGCAUCAGCAGGGUCCAGUGGUCCAAGCUGCAGGUGUUUGAUGCUCAAGACUAUACCACGGCUCAUGGGAUGUUCAUCUACAUCUGCAACCAUGUCAAGUAUGCCACCAACAAAGGGAACCUCAGGUCUGCUAUCACCAUAUUUCCACACAGGACACAUGGCAAGCACAACUUCCAAGUCUGGAUCUUCCAGCUCAUCUGCUAUGAUGGCUCCACUCUGGGGGACCCUGCCAAUGUGGAGUUCACAGAGGUGCGAGCGUGUAUGCCCCCCACUCCCGCCCCCACCUGGACUUCCAUGCCCCCAAACUAUCCAUAG